AAAGAAAAAAAGCCUUCUUAUGCCAAAAUUUCCUCCAUCAUCUUCUACUUCCUCUCAUCUUCCAUGGCGUUGAAAUUCUCUCAGAUUAUCUUUAUUGUUAUUUGGCUCUCUCUCUUCUUCUUCCUCCUCCUCCACCACUUGUACUUCUUCAACGUCCACCGUCUCUACUCUCUAAAUGUGGUGGAGCCGUCGGUUUCGAAGCACCACGAUCACCGUCUCUACACCAUUAGUAGAUUAGUCCGCAGAAAAGCUCUCUCCCACACAUUUGACUUCACACCUUUCCAGCACCGGAAAAACAACCACCAUCAUCCUCGUUCCGGGGAGGCACACGGCGGCGAUGAGAUCGAUCCUCGUUACGGAGUGGAGAAACGCCGUGUUCCCUCCGGACCUAAUCCGUUGCACCAUUAAUUGAUGAAUGACGAUGACACGUGCUUGGUUCGAGUGGUAACAUAUAAGCCAAAGAUACACCUUUACCUACCUUUUUUUGUCCGAAAGGGGAAACUUAAAGAUUAGAGUAUUUCAUUUUCUUAGAUACGAAUACGUUUUACGAGUUGGGUUUGAUACGUUUUUCUUCUUUAAAUCAUAGUAAACAAAGGGUAUUUUAGUUUAGCUUCUUUUUUUCUUUUUUGUUUUUUGAUAAAUCCUAUGGCGGCUGAUUCGGUACGCCUCGGGAGGAACGCACUUAGUGCUACAGAGUGGACUGUCAGACCCGAGUUUGAUCUACCUUGUAAACAAUUUGGACCGAAAUCCAAGCUCCGACUGACCAAAUGAUGAUAAUUUAGUUUUCAGAAGGAAUCGAACAUAUGAAUAAUGUAGAUAUACAUCAAGCCCCAAGAAAUUGCUACUAUACUACAACCAAUUGGUUUUUAGUUUUUGUUUUGAUGAUUAUAUAUGUAAAUAUAUUUAGUUACUCAAGAAAUUGUCAUCUUGAUUAUUGUGAUUUGUUUUGUUACUUUAGAAUAUCUCCAAGCUCACUUCAUUUUUGCUUUAAAAUGAAAUUUUGAAUAAAAAAGGUUUUGAUUUUACUUUAUUUUUUUGUUUUAUAAUGAAGAAAAAAAUGGAAUUAUUUAAUUAAGUAAUGAAU